AUGUUGGAAUGGAUGGAUUCAUGGGUUUUUCGAUUAUUCCAAAACUUGCUCGGGUAUGCGACGAUUGCUAUUCCUGGAGCUUUUCUAGUCUACUAUUUGAAGAAAUCGAAAAUUUUAGACGAAAGAGAUAGUUGUUUCUGGAGGUUUCUGAAGCUUUUUGUUAGAGGUCAAGAAGAUUCAAGACCCUCCGAUCAGGUAUCCAAUACGCACUCUGCGAAAUAUACGCGUUCUACUUUACAAAAGACUAUCACUAUUAUCUUCUGUUUUGUUGGUUUACAAGUGUCAUAUCUUACUUGGGGGAUAUUGCAAGAGAAGAUAAUGACUCGCUUCUACUCCAACGACGGGGGAGAAGUCGAGAAGUUCACGGAUUCUCAGUUUCUGGUGUUUGUGAAUCGCGUUCUGGCAUUCCUCUUCGCCAGCACCUACGUCUGCAUAUCCUCGCAGCCGAAGCACGUGGCGCCGCUGUACAAGUACUCGUACUGCUCGUUCUCGAACAUCAUGAGCAGCUGGUUCCAGUACGAGGCCCUCAAGUACGUCAGCUUCCCGACCCAGGUGCUGGCGAAGGCGUCCAAGAUCAUCCCCGUCAUGAUCAUGGGGAAGAUCAUAUCGAAGAAGUCGUACAAGUACCACGAGUACGCGACGGCCAUCGCCAUCUCCGUGGGGACAUCCACCUUCCUGUUGUCGGGCCGGAAGACGUCCGACAUCGCCACGGUGACUACCGCUUCCGGUAUCGCCAUCUUGGUGGCCUACAUCGUGAGCGACAGCUUCACCUCGAACUGGCAGAGUGCCCUGUUCAAGCAAUACCAGAUGUCGUCCGUGCAGAUGAUGUGCGGCGUCAACUUCUUCUCCUGCAUCUUCACUUCCAUAUCACUUCUGCAGCAGGGAGGGUUCAUGAAGUCCUUCCUCUUCCUCAUGAAGUUUUCCAGCUUCCUGUCGGACUGCGUGCUGUUGUCCGUCUGUUCGGCCAUCGGCCAGCUGUUCAUCUUCUACACCAUCGCGGAGUUCGGCCCCGUGGCUUUCGUCAUCAUGAUGACCGUCAGGCAGGUGUUGGCGAUUCUUUUGUCGUGCAUCGUGUACCAGCACACCCUGACGGCGAGUAGAAUUAUUGGAGUGCUCAUCGUGUUCACGACUGUGUUCUUGAGGAUCUACCUGAACCACAGGUGGAAGGCCUUGCCCCCCAAGCUUGUCGUGGAAAACAACCAAAAAGUGUGA